AUGUCGCAGCUUUCUCAGCACAGGCAAAGAGUGCCAUCAUUGGGCAUUAUUGCGACUUCAGGGCGAGGUCAGCAGUUGCCGUCCAGACCAAGCCCACUGUCUUCGCAUCCACCAACACCGGUCGAGUCGUUUGGAGGGUCUAGCAGCAGCAGCGAGCCGGUUAGCAACGAAUCUGCUAAGCACAGCAGGAACGUAUCUACAAGUACAUCGUCGCUGCCGUUUGGGUCGCCUAGCAACUUCAACUCGUUCCCGAGGAAGCAUCCGAGCAAUUUCUCCACGCCCGACUUGUCAAAGUCUGCCUCACCCUCGAUUGACUCCUUGCACCGACAAGACACGAAUUCUUUUGCCGGCAGUUCCUCUCAAUUGCAUCAUCUACCAUUGGCAUACCAGCUGAACAACCAAGACACGUCGUCCAAGCUCGACCUCGCCAACAUCGACGCCAUGUCCCACCACGACAACCACCGCCACGACAGUUUCGGCUCCCAAUUGCCUGUCCCCAAGGGCCCCACCAACAAUGGCCGUCGUCGAUCCAUCAGCAUGCAAAAGCUCUUCUCCUUGUCCAACCUGAAGAGCAGCUUUAGCAACUCACGCACAUCUCUCGUCUCUACCCCUUCUUCACAAAACCCUCCACAAACCGCCUCAUCCGACCGUCCGGCCUCUGACAGCACAACCAGUUCUAGAGGCGUCAAGCGUGCUGCAGAAGAGGACUUUGUCAUCGUUAAGCCCGGCCAAGACCAUCUUCAGCCUCCUCUUAGAAAGAAGAAGAGCAACUCGUGGUUCCGCAGAAAGAGUGGUCUUUUCACUUUCAACUCCAACAACAACGACUCUGCCAUCGCAGAUGAUUACGACACACCCCAAGGCCCUGAUGCCAUGAUGCUAGACGAGCCCGAGAUCGUCCAUCCCACCACCGAGCACACACAAACCAUCAAGAGCGACUCUCCAAGCGAAAGAUCGGCCAGCGUCUACACUAUGCAAACCACACAAACCACACAGCAACCUCCUGUCCUACCUCCAUUGUCACCCAUGUCCAAGACCCAAACAGAAUCCUCGCAAUACUCUCAGCCCUCGCAAGUACAAAGACCUGCUUCUCACAGAACAUUCAGUUCGCAGAGCAGAGUCAGUCGAUCGUCAUCUCAACACCGAACUCCAUACGCUCCUCCCACAAGAGAAACCUUCUCGCCCCCACCGACGCUGCCGGAGCUCACUAGAAUUGACACUUCGUUUGGCGACUCGGACAUGGGAGAGCUGUUUGCCCACUUUGGACGCUAG